CAACCAGGUGAGGAAGCUGAUUGCUUACCUUUGGGAGAGAAAAAAGACGCUGCCCAUCACCAUGGAGACACAGCCAGGCCCUUUGACUGAAUGGCCAUGGCAGUGGAUGGGGAACUUCAAGUACCUGGUCCUGGCUCCUGCGGCCAUGCACACUGCAUACAGGGUGGCAACCAAGGGGUGGGGAGACGUUGACCCAGCAUACGCCGCUCUUCUGCCGGCUCUGCUGAUGAGGAUGAUACACAACCAGAUCUGGAUCAGUUUGUCACGGUACCAGACUGCUCGCAGGAAGCACCUCAUUGUUGACCGCAGUCUUGACUUUGAGCAGGUGGACCGGGAACGGUCAUGGGACGAUCAGAUCAUCUUGAACGGGCUUCUGUUCUACCUGGCCUACGCAACCAUCCCGAACAUAAGCCUCAUGCCAAUGUGGAGAACUGAUGGAGCCAUCAUCACUUUCUUGCUUCACAUGGGGCCUGUGGAGUUCCUCUACUACUGGCUUCACAGGGCACUGCACCACCAUUUUCUCUACUCACGCUACCACUCGCACCACCAUGCAUCCAUUGUCACCGAGCCCAUAACCUCUGUCAUCCAUCCAUUUGCUGAACAUUUAGCCUAUUACCUGCUAUUUUCGAUCUCCAUAUUAACGCCAAUUUUUAUGGGCUGUGGUUCUGUCCUGGCUGCUAUCUUGUACAUCAGUUACAUCGAUUUCAUGAAUAACAUGGGCCACUGCAAUUUUGAGCUGAUGCCAAAGUGGAUGUUCCAAAAUUUUCCUCCUCUCAAGUAUCUCAUAUAUACUCCAUCGUUUCACUCUCUCCAUCAUACCCAGUUCCGUACAAACUACUCGCUGUUCAUGCCAUUCUACGACUACAUUUACAACACUAUGGACAGUUCAAGUGAUGAUCUGUAUGAGAGAUCAUCGAAAGGAACAGAAGAAACACCAGAUAUUGUCCACCUGACACAUAUGACUACCUUGGAAUCAACGUAUCAUCUAAGGAUAGGGAUUGCUUCCAUAUCCUCUAAACCAUGCAAUGACUCAGAUUGGUAUAUGUGGAUGAUAUGGCCUGCAGCGUGGUUGUCAAUGGUACUGGCAAGGAUUUAUGGAUCUUCAGCAUUUGUUGUCGAGAGACUCAAACUGAAGAAGAUCAACAUACAAAUAUGGGCAUUACCAAGAUACAACUACCAAUAUGGCUUGCCUUGGGAGAGAAAAUCCAUCAACAAUUUGAUUGAGAAGGCAAUAGUAGAUGCUGAUGAAAGAGGAAUCAAAGUGCUCAGUCUAGGACUUCUAAAUCAGGAUAAACAACUCAAUGGAAGUGGCAAUUUAUUUACCAAAAAGUAUCCAAGACUAAGGGUACGACUUGUUGAUGGAAGUAGCUUAGCAACUGCAGUGGUUCUCAAUAGCAUACCUUUGGGCACAAAGCAAGUUUUUCUCUGUGGAAGUAAUUCUAAGGUGGCCUGUGCAACAGCUAUAGCUUUAUGUAAGCGGGGUGUCCAGGUAAUUUUGAAUCAGGAGAAGGAAUAUGGCAUGCUCAAGUUGCGAGUUCCAGAGAGUAGAGCUAUCUAUCUGAAAUUCUCUAAUUAUGAAACACACCAGGUUAUACUCCCAUCACAACAGACCUGGAUAGGAGAUAGCAUAGGCGAUGCACAAGGGAGGGCACCAAAGGGAACUAUAUUUAUUCCCACAUCACAGUUCCCCCUUAAGAAGGCACGCAAGGACUGCACUUACUUGAGUAACCCAGCAAUGAAGAUCCCAAAGACGAUGCAUAAUGUCCACACCUGUGAGAAUUGGCUGCCAAGAAGGGUGAUGAGUGCAUGGCGCAUUGCUGGAAUAUUGCAUGCUCUAGAAGGUUGGGAAAUGCAUGAAUGUGGAGAUGAUAUGAUGGACAUUGAGAAGGUCUGGUUGGCAGCCAUUAAGCAUGGAUUCAUACCAUCGUCUCUCUGAAUCCUGACAUAGGCCUUUAAAUGCUGCCACAAUAAUGCAAUGUUGAGUACCAGUGUCAAGGAAUGCCAGAUAUUCGUACUGGCUGUCUGGUCUCAUCGAGUAGAGUUUGCGUUGUUUAGCCCUAAAAUAAAAGGAAGAAAAAUAGACAAGAAAUCAUAUGCUCAAUACCAAUGGCCAAAUUACUCAGUUGUCUACAUGCAGAUGAGCACUAUAAAUACUAUCAAAUCGUGUACCAUUGAUAUUCAUAUGCAAAAGUUCAAACUAUGUUGAUGGCCAUGCAUUGAGGUCAGAAUU